AUCACAUCUCACCCAACCCUCCCCUUUGCCCAUCAAUGCUCUGUCGGAGCUCCGGAGCUCGUCUCCUCCUCCUCCUAUUUUACCGGUCAUAAGAUAGAAUUUCCGGAUCGUUUGCUCAUCAAAUUCGUUGAUUCAGGUUCUCAUUGUUGUUGAUAUAACUCAGUGAAGGGUUUUGUGUUUGGCAUUACUGGAAGGAGUGCUUGUUGUGCGUGGUGAAUUGAAUUGAUCGUCUGUCAAAAUGACAAUGAACGAGCGGAAGACGAUCGACUUGGAACAAGGAUGGGAUUUUAUGCAAAAAGGGAUAACAAAACUGAAGAACAUUCUCGAAGGACUCCCUGAACCACAGUUCAGCUCGGAGGACUAUAUGAUGCUCUACACAACUAUCUAUAAUAUGUGUACUCAAAAGCCUCCUCAUGAUUACUCUCAGCAGUUGUAUGAUAAAUACAAGGAGUCUUUUGAAGAGUACAUUACUUCGACGGUAUUACCUUCUUUAAGAGAGAAGCAUGAUGAGUUCAUGUUGAGGGAGCUUGUGAAACGGUGGUCGAACCAUAAAGUUAUGGUCAGGUGGCUUUCUCGGUUCUUCCAUUAUCUUGAUCGCUACUUCAUCGCUCGGAGGUCACUCCCUGCACUUAAUGAAGUUGGACUCACUUGCUUCCGUGAUCUGGUCUAUCAGGAGUUAAAUGUGAAAGUAAGAGCUGCCAUAAUAUCGUUGAUUGAUCAAGAGCGCGAGGGGGAGCAAAUUGACCGAGCUUUAUUGAAGAAUGUUCUAGAUAUAUUUGUUGAAAUUGGAAUGGGGCAAAUGGAUUGUUAUGAAAACGACUUCGAAGCAGAUAUGCUCAAAGAUACGGCUGCUUAUUAUUCUCGGAAGGCUUCAAACUGGAUCUUAGAAGAUUCAUGUCCAGAUUAUAUGUUGAAGGCUGAGGAGUGUUUGAAACGUGAGAAAGACAGGGUUUCUCAUUAUCUUCAUUCAAGUAGUGAGCCAAAGUUGCUUGAGAAAGUUCAACAUGAGUUGUUGUCUGUAUAUGCAACCCAACUGCUUGAGAAGGAGCACUCUGGAUGUCACGCGUUACUAAGAGAUGACAAGGUGGAGGAUUUGUCAAGGAUGUAUAGACUCUUUUCCAAAAUACCGCGAGGCUUAGAUCCUGUUUCUAAUAUAUUUAAGCAGCAUGUGACUGCUGAAGGUACAGCCUUGGUUAAACAAGCAGAAGAUGCUGCAAGCAACAAGAAGGCAGAGAAGAAAGAUGUGGUUGGUUUGCAGGAACAGAUUUUUGUUAGAAAGGUCAUUGAGUUACACGACAAGUACCUCGCCUACGUAAAUGACUGUUUCCAGAACCAUACUCUUUUCCACAAGGCACUCAAGGAAGCUUUUGAGGUCUUCUGCAACAAGGGUGUUGCUGGAAGCUCAAGUGCUGAACUACUUGCCACAUUUUGUGAUAAUAUUCUUAAAAAAGGCGGGAGUGAGAAAUUGAGUGAUGAAGCCAUUGAAGAGACACUUGAGAAGGUUGUAAAACUGCUUGCUUAUAUCAGCGAUAAAGACCUAUUUGCGGAAUUCUAUAGGAAAAAGCUGGCUCGGCGGCUUUUGUUUGACAAGAGUGCGAAUGAUGAGCAUGAGAGAAGUAUCCUGACAAAACUGAAGCAGCAAUGUGGUGGUCAGUUCACAUCAAAGAUGGAAGGGAUGGUCACAGAUUUGACAUUGGCAAGGGAAAAUCAAACCAACUUUGAGGAUUAUCUUGGGAAUAAUCCAAAUGCAAAUCCUGGAAUCGACUUGACUGUUACUGUCUUGACCACUGGCUUUUGGCCCAGUUACAAGUCUUUUGAUCUCAACCUUCCAGCUGAGAUGGUUAAAUGUGUUGAAGUUUUCCGAGAAUUCUAUCAAACCAAAACGAAGCAUAGAAAGCUUACAUGGAUAUAUUCACUGGGUACUUGUAACAUCAAUGGGAAAUUUGAACCAAAAACUAUGGAGCUGAUUGUGACAACUUACCAGGCUUCUGCUCUGCUGCUGUUCAAUUCAUCGGAUAGAUUGAGUUAUCAGGAAAUUAUGAGUCAGUUAAACUUGUCAGAUGAUGAUGUUGUUAGACUGCUUCAUUCCCUUUCCUGUGCGAAGUAUAAGAUUAUUAACAAAGAACCAAACACCAAAACAAUCUUGCCAACCGAUUACUUUGAGUUCAAUUCCAAGUUCACCGACAAAAUGAGGAGAAUCAAGAUUCCUCUCCCUCCGGUUGAUGAGAAGAAAAAGGUAAUUGAAGACGUUGAUAAGGACAGAAGGUAUGCCAUUGAUGCCUCCAUUGUACGAAUCAUGAAGAGUAGGAAGGUUUUAGGCUACCAGCAGUUGGUUAUGGAGUGUGUGGAGCAGUUGGGCCGCAUGUUCAAGCCUGAUGUUAAAGCAAUUAAGAAGAGGAUAGAAGAUCUCAUCACCCGGGAUUAUCUGGAAAGAGACAAGGAUAACCCCAACUUGUUCAAGUACUUGGCAUGAUUUGGCCCAAUUGAUAGUCCAAGCGAAUCAAUGAAUGGUUGCUGCUGCAAAUAGCACGGAAAGGUGAGCAUAUCUGAUUAAAAUGGAAGCACAAACUGCUGUAAAUGUUGCCGAUAUCUGAGUGCUCCUUUUGAUGACGGCUUAGGCCCAAUACCUUGAAAAUUGUUGUACAUUUUUCUUCAAAAUCAGGUGAGGCCUAUUACCACAUAUUCUAUCCUCCUCUGAAAAAUGUAAUUUGUUCAGUUCUGCAUUUCACUGUACCAAUCAGACCAUCCGGUUUCUUACCAUCUUCUUUCUGUUGUUCUCUACAAGACUAGGUUGCCUUUUUGUGUUUACUGCAAUCUUUUGUCAAAACGACUCUUGCUUUAAGAUCUUAUGAGCUAGUGUUAUUAGAUGGUGGAUUGUGAUCUUCUCUAGCAUACGUUCCCUUUGUUUCCAUUGAUGGUAAAUCAUUUUACCAUGAAUUCAAGUAGAACCCACUUUAUGAAACUGGGUUUCCUACUCAUACAAGGCAGAUGAUCAACCAUUAAUAGAAAAUGGAUGGAAGGAGAUCUGGAUCUGUAGAUCGUUGUGCUUAUUCUAGGAAUUUCCGGCAACAUUUUCUGUUGCCCAUGUAAGCAAAUACAUUUUCACUUUGUUCAACAUGGAAAGACUUGUACCUACUUAGGUUGUCACGUAUGAACAUGAUUGUUCUUUCAGCCUUACCCCUACUUUUCUUCCCAAGCACUUUCAGUGGAGGAUGACAAC